GCGGACGUCACCACAGCCGUCAGCGUUUGCCGCAUCUUCAGACGCACUCUGGACCAGCCGCAAUCACAGCUGCAGGACCUCUCUGGACCAGCUCUAUUGCAGACUGCGCAACCACCAGACCACUGCGGCAAACAAGCCCAGCUGAGCCGAGCAGUAGCCAUGGCCGACCCCGAGAAGCAGGGACCCGCUGAGAGCCGCGCCGAGGACGAGGUAAUGGAAGGCGCCCAGGGUGGCGAAGAUGCCGCGACCGGUGACAGUGCCGCUGCUCCCGCGGCCGAGGAGCCCCAGGCCCCCGCGGAGAACGCGCCCAAGCCCAAAAAAGACUUUAUGGAGAGCUUGCCCAAUUCCGUGAAAUGCCGGGUUCUGGCGCUCAAAAAGCUGCAGAAGCGCUGCGAUAAGAUCGAGGCCAAGUUUGACAAGGAAUUCCAGGCUCUGGAGAAGAAGUACAACGAUAUCUACAAGCCCCUGCUCGCCAAGAUCCAGGAGCUCACCGGAGAGAUGGAGGGCUGCGCGUGGACCCUGGAGGGAGAGGAUGAUGAAGAUGACGAGGAAGAGGACGACGAGGAGGAGGAGGAGGAAGAAGAGGCUGCAGCUGGCGCAACUGGGGGUCCCAACUUCGCCAAGAAGUGAGCACAGCAAGCUGACAGGUGAUAAAUCCCCUGCCCCUUUUAUUUCCAAUGUCGGCAGACUUUAAAAGGCUCAGGAUUUGCCCAAAAUAAAAUGUGAAUCUAUUCUGACAUUCCUAAAAUUAAAUUGAAUCAAGUAGAUUCUGGCUAGCCCGUUUCUAAUCUGACUUUUAUUUGUGUAAAACAGAUGCUAAAAGACGUUUUUUAGAAAAAAAAAAAAGCCUAAUUAAACUUUUUUUUUUCUCCCUGCUCUUCUGUGAGAACUGGACUUGAGACUGUUGAAAGGUUGUCAGUUAGAUGGGAAUUAAAAGUGCGUCACACGUUGAAAUCCAUUCAUCACACUACACCAGAACAUCCAAGCUAAGACAGAACUCUUCUCAAUGCUUAAUUCUUCAGUUUCUUUACAUUUUCCAGCGCAGAGGAAAAGGAACCCAGGAACGACGUCAUCUUUAAGACUUUUGCUUUUGCAAACCCAGACAUCAGCUUUACACUCCAGAGGAGCCUUGGCAUGGAGCAAGCCUGGACUGACAGCAUUUACUGAUUAUGUGGCUAGGAAAACUGCCAUUUCAAGUUGUGAAAAAAUGUUUUAAAUAUUUGCAUUUACAGAAAGAACAUGGUUUCAAAAAUGAGGGUGUAUUCCAUGUAUAAUAUUGUCAACACGUGUUCAUCUGUUAUGGUCCCGUGUUACCUGUUUUCUUGGUAGUGUUUGUUUACAAAAUCGUAAAAAAUUACCCCAAAUGUUUUAAAGUGUUAAAUUACCUUAUAGCAUUUUAGAAAUAUAAUUUACUUGAAGAGAUGUAGAAUGUAGCAAUUCUGUAAAGCAUGUGUAUCCAGUGUUGCCUAGUUUGACCUUUGUGAAGUCUUUUUGUCUUGUAGCUUUUAGCAAGUAGCUGUGAAAACCAUCAGAACUCCUCAAUGAAGCUAAUGUUUGGAAAAAGUAUAUACUUGAAGAACAAACCCAAGUGUGUACCCCCAACCCCAGCUCAGAAAUAGAAAGGGUUUAAGUUUGCUUGUAUUAGCUGUGCCUUCAUUAUUUUGCUAUGUAAAUGUGACUUAAUAAAUGGUGCAAAAUUAAAUUUUAUUGCUUGAGGACAGACGGGCAUAAAGGAAGGGAAAAGACAUUUAAUGUAAAGGCCUCUAGCUUCUUUGUGGGUUUUGAGUUGUCUGUGAACCAAUGUUCUGUAAAGAAACACAAACUUAAAGUUGUUUACCACUGUGGUGUUAACAAAACAGUAUUUUCAAAAAUAAAAAAAUCCUUGUUAUUCUGA